AUGAUGCCCAUCGACGUCGACCCACAGCAGCUCGAGAUGAUGUCCAAGGAGGCCAUCGACUCGAUGAGGGGCGUGGCCAUUGGUGCUCCUUUCCUUGGGAUGACCUUCGAUGCGCUCCUAAUGGGCGUCAUCAUCUGCCAGAUGGUCCACUGGAUACCGCUGGCCAAGCAAGACGUCGCCCAUGUCCGAGUGAUCGUGGGUGUCGCAGCUACCGCUGCUCUCGUCGGGACUGCCUUCACAUGGGCAGCCUACAUGCAGGCCUUUGUCUUCUCUUUCGGCCAGUAUGCCCCGUUCACCUCGCUCGAAUACCUAGGAUGGUACGGCACGCUCGACAUCCUCAUCGUCCUUCCUGUUCAAACCUUCUUCGCUGAGCGGUCAUGGCGAAUCAACGGGCAGAGCACGGUCCUACUCUGCUUUAACGCUAUCCUCAUCGCUGCAACAGGGGCCAUGGGCAUCGCUACCACCGUCGUCACCCGCGGAGAGGACGUCUUCAACCGGACACAAACCAGCUGCAACAUCGCUACUGCCUGGCCCGGAGUAUGCAUCUUCACCCACGUCUGGCUCACCGCGACUAUCCUCUUUGGCCUUUUCCGCUCCCGGUCCCUCUCGCAGCGCGCCAACAGGCUGCUCACUCGCGUCUUGAUGGUGUCGAUCGAGUCUCAACUCCCGAGCACCAUCGUAGCGCUCAUGAUCAUGACUGUUCUUCUCGUCGACUACAAGUCCCCCAUCAUCCCAUUCAUCGCCAUCACCCACCCUAAGAUCUUCUGCGUCGGCCUGCUCGCCAUGGUCAACCUGCGCCAUACCUGGAGGAUCCAAGGCAAGACUACUGGGAAUUACAGCGUCGAGCCUUCAGACCGUACUCGGACCAUCCACGUCUCGCUCGGAUCCACUGUCGACGAGAUCGGCCUCACCACCCCCAAAGCCGACAUGAACGAAGACGACUGCCAGCUCAGCCGACAACAGUCCGACUGUUCGGUAGCCGAAGCAGGCAUGGGCGUCGCCAUGCACGCUCUCAGGUCAGAAUACGUCGUCAAGGUCAAGCGGAACGGCCAGUCUUUCCAGUACUAG